GGCCUGGAGGAAAGGAGGACAGCCUUGGCCAGGGCAGACUAACAGGCCGCUGCGGGAGAUACAAGCAGAUUUUGUUAGCGAAACCAUCCUUCAGGUCCUUCGAGGAAGCUGGCCGUGGCCGCCGUGGGUGCUGCCGAAACGGCUUUCCUCGGUUGUGAGACUGCAAACUGGACGGAUUGGCGUGGGGGUUGGACCAAACGAGACACGGCGAUGCAACGUCGUCACAAGCCGAAUGACCGUGGGAAGCCGCUAAGGGCUCUGGUUGGGAGGAGAAAAAAAAAGACAAAAAGGCAACGCGAUUCCUGGAGAUUGCUCGGGGUGCUUGUGUCUUGCGAAUCCCAUCUCUUGAUUAUAAGACGACGGCGACGGCGACAACACUCACUUAAACGAGUCAGUCAGUGUCCACAGUUUCCAGCUUGCUUCCACUUCCCCAGACUGUCAAACAGAAAGCCUCAGGUACGGGAUGGAGUCCUUGCCCUAGUUUGCCCGCGCUGUCUCCCAGAUGCCCCCAUUCUAAGGGAACUCCGCUCUUGCCGUCAUGUUGACAGCUGUCUUCCAGCACGCUUGUCCCCAUUUCCCCAGGCGUUCAGCGGCCCCAGUGUCCCCGCCCGCUUCUGGGGUAGCUCCAGCUGGGACCCCACCACAUUCCUCGGCCUGAGCAGCGGUGGAAGACGGGAAGCGGCGUGUCGUCGCAUGUGUUGUCGAGGUUGUACUGACCGGUGUGCGACCAUAAGUAUUUAUAGGGUCGAUCGAGCAAUUGGCACCUCUUCUUGUUUGGUUAUUCUUCUUCAGCAGCGUCGAUACCCUCCGAUUUUUGCUUGGUAGAUAUACGGUACACACACAAAGCUCAAAAUGGCCAUGAACCUUAGAACUGGGUCCCGGGCCUUCGGUGGAGCCCUCCGUGUAAGUGC